AUGGGCAAGGUGACGUCACCGCCGGCGUGGCGGCGCCACUGUGCUGCCGCUGCCACCGCGCCGUAUGGUGUCCGGCGAGGCGUGGGGGCCGGGCGCGGUCCCUGUGAGUCGUCAGACACAUCUGCCACGCCCGACCGACGAUGGCGUCCGUGCUGCCCUCAGCGCCGCUGCCUCUGCUGGCACUGCUAGGGCUGCUGCUGCUGUGCGCGGCCGCGCCUUCGGCCUCCGCCUC